CUCAACUUGUAGUAUAUCCUAUUUCUCGUAGGUGUAGGAUUAAUACUAGUAUAUAAAAGCACCACAUGCACAUAUCCACAACAUAGAAUACCAUCUCUUUCCCUUCGUCCUAAAUAUUUUGAGCUCAUUCUCUACAAGUUUUCACUAUAAACCUCUUUCCUUUCAUCUGCAUUCACCGCCCACACCAUCAAGAACACCACUAAGACUACCACCCUAUCGCGCCGACGACGAUGACCACUCCUCGCAUUCCUAUCGGCUACAGAUUUCUACCAACAGUUCAAGAAACUCUUAUCAAAUAUCUUAAACCUAAAAUUGUUGGUGGAAUAUUACCUCAGGAUAAUCCAUUACGCGAAGUGAAUAUCUAUAGUUGUCAUCCUUCUGAGCUAUUUAAUGAUUUGGAAGACAACGAUGAAGAUGAAAUCGAACGCUACUUUUAUACCACGUUAAAGAAAGUUAACGAGAGUGGAAGAAACUACAAUCGCAAGAUUAAUAAAGUUGGUAAAUGGGACGGGGAGUAUCCAAAGAAGAUCCUUGACGUUCAUGGCCAAGUUAUAGGAUUUGAUAAAUAUUUCAAAUAUGCACCAAUAGAAAUACAAGAGAUUGAUAAGACAAUGGAAUGGAAGAUGCAUGAGUACUCUAUUAAACCAGAACUUUUACCUCAAGGUAUUGCUGAAGAAAAGAAGAAUCUGGUAGUAUGUCGAAUGGUGAUGAAAAUGAAGGGUAAUAAACAAGCCAAAAACAAGACUAGAGUGAUUCGUUUGGGUAAACCACAGCCUCUUUCUUGUACUAACGCUGUCCCGAAUAUGAUGAUCAUGCAUCCCCCGCAAAUAAAUUAUGUCUUUACUACUGCUGAACAAGAUAUAGAACCAACAUCGCAGACACAAGGAGACUUUUUGCUAGGCUACUUGGGGAGCUAA